AUGAACCUUCCGCAACGGGCGCGCGGAGACUCGCCUGUUCACAUCCUUCCGUGCGCUCGCUUCCUCUCUCUCUGCUGCCUAGCGAGCAUGCGGCGCGCUUCGAGCAUGCGAGACUCGCCGAACCUGCGCAGGCGGUCUGGCUCCUUCACUCAACUCGCUGCCAGCGACCCGCUCCUCGACAAGCCGCUCCCGGUUCGACUGGCUCGCAGACGGCUGCGACCAAGCCUGUCGACCCUUGCAUGGCUCGCUGUACUCGCCACGACCGUUCUCUACUACCACCGGCAGCUCGACGUGGCGCGCAGACAGUCGGCCGGACUCCGCUCCACAUCCCGUCCCGACCAGAACGACGAUGUACGACCGGGUCGUACAGCCGGCGCCAGGGACGUCGAACUCGCCAACAUCCUCAACGAGACCGUGCCCGACCUCGCGACGACAUCGUGCGAAGUCUGCGUCCUAAACCCGUCGAAUCCGCUGUGCGAGUACGGCCUCGACAACAUCCGCAUGUCAAGGGCGUACGAGGGGUCGGGUGCGAGGCUGCGGAGAGUGCUGAAGCGGGCGCUGAAGGGCGAGGAGAUCGGAGUCGGCGUGAUCGGAGCGAGCGUGACGGCGGGACACUCGGUUCCACCAGGCUACCAGCGGUGGCAGGAGCGGUUCUUCGACGACUUUAAGAAGAUGUUCCCGAAUGCGAAGCUGCAUGUUGGCGCGAUGGGCGCGACGGAUAGCAAGUUCUUCUCCUACUGCUUUGGCUCCCUGCUUCCCGACGACCUCGAUAUCUACCUUGUCGAGCUCGACAUCAACGAUGAGCCCGACCUCGAAACCCUCCGAGACGCCGACGCCCUCAUGCGCGGCUUGCUUCAGCUUCCGCAAGAGCCGGCAGUCAUCCGCGUCUCGGUCUUCCAGGUCAUCUUCGAAGAACUCGCUCGAGGCGUGAUCGCCAACUUGGUGACGAGCCAGUACUUCGAUGUCCCCAUCAUCGGCAUCCGCAACUUCCUCCUCCCGCACGUCCAGCACCACCGCGAGGACGCCGAGAUCCUCUUCGGGUUGGAUCAGUGGGGCAACCGCGACUACCGACACAUUUCGGAGGUCAGCCACAUCGCUAUGGCCGACAUGCUCUCGCUGUUCAUGCGGAAGGAGGUCUGUGAGGCGCGGCGGCGGGACAUCAUGCCGAAGGUGACUUUCAAGAAGCAGGGACCCUGGCCGAGCGGAGAGGACUUGGGCAAGAUCCCACCCUUGCAGGUCUUCAGCUCCUGGCGCAACCCCGCUCCUCUCGACCCUGUCAAGCCCAAGUGCCAGACAAUGUACAGCAAGCCGCCUCUGACGCCCUUCUCGCACACGGCCGACUUUGAGCGAAUCGAAUGGCACGGGAAGAGCGCGUGGGCGUCGUCUACGCCAGGCGGCCAGAUCCGCUUCUCGUUCCAUGGGAAGCAGGUCGGCGUCUUCGUCUGGGCAACAAACGGGAAGAGCAACCCUGAGGAGAAGAGUGACGACCCGGAGGUGAGGAAGCGGGAGGCGCCUGGGCAGGCCAAGUGCUGGGUCGAGGACGUGGACGGGUCGAAGGAGGACGGGUUGACGGUGACGAGCCACUGGACGUUCAAGACGGCGCCGAGCUCCGAGUUUGUCAACGUCGCGGAGAAGCUGCCUUUCGGCGAGCACGUCCUCGCGUGCGAGGUUCUCCCGACCACGACCUCUGGCGGCCACAAGUUCCGGCUACAAGGCUUGACGAGUCUAUAG